AUGAGUGCUACAGAACCAACUAAUGAAAAGGUUGACAAAGCCAACGCAUCUGAUGAUGAUGACGCCGAUAUUGAUCAAUUGGUGGAAGAAUUGCAAUCUCACAAGGGAUUAGGUGACGAUGAAGAGGAAGAGGAAGAGGAUGACGGAGCUUCAUUCAAGGCCGUUCCUGAAGAAUUGUUGCAAACUGACCCAAGAACCGGUUUAACCGAUGACGAGGUCCACAAGAGAAGAAAAAGAUAUGGUUUGAAUCAAUUGGCUGAAGAAAACGAAAAUAUGGUUUUGAAAUUUGUCAUGUUUUUCGUUGGUCCAAUUCAAUUCGUUAUGGAAGCCGCUGCUGUUUUGGCUGCUGGUUUGGAAGAUUGGGUCGAUUUCGGUGUUAUCUGUGCCUUGCUUUUGUUGAAUGCUUUUGUUGGUUUCAUCCAAGAAUACCAAGCUGGUUCAAUUGUCGAAGAAUUGAAAAAGUCCUUGGCCAACACUGCUUUGGUUGUUAGAAAUGGUCAAUUGUCUGAAGUUGCCGCCAACGAAGUUGUUCCUGGUGAUAUCUUGCAAUUGGAAGAUGGUGUUGUUAUUCCAUGUGAUGGUAGAAUUGUUUCUGAAGAUUGCUUGUUGCAAGUUGAUCAAUCCGCCAUCACUGGUGAAUCUUUGGCUGUUGACAAGAGACAUGGUGACAACUGUUACUCUUCAUCUACUGUCAAGACUGGUGAAGCUUUUAUGCUUGUUACUGCUACUGGUGACUCUACUUUCGUUGGUAGAGCUGCCUCUUUGGUUAACAAGGCUUCAGGUGGUUCAGGUCAUUUCACUGAAGUUUUGAAUGGUAUUGGUACUACUUUGUUGGUUUUCGUCAUUGUUACCCUUUUGGUUGUCUGGGUUGCUUGUUUCUACAGAACUGUUAGAAUUGUUCCAAUCUUGAGAUACACUUUGGCUAUCACCAUUAUUGGUGUUCCAGUUGGUUUGCCAGCUGUUGUUACCACCACUAUGGCUGUCGGUGCUGCUUACUUGGCUAAGAAGCAAGCUAUUGUCCAAAAAUUGUCUGCUAUUGAAUCUUUGGCUGGUGUUGAAAUCUUGUGUUCAGACAAGACCGGUACCUUGACCAAGAACAAGUUGUCAUUGCACGAGCCAUACACUGUUGAAGGUGUUGAACCAGAUGACUUGAUGUUGACUGCUUGUUUGGCUGCUUCUAGAAAGAAGAAGGGUUUGGAUGCUAUUGAUAAGGCUUUCUUGAAAUCAUUGAUUAACUACCCAAGAGCUAAAGCUGCUUUGCCAAAAUACAAGGUUAUUGAGUUUCAACCUUUUGACCCAGUCUCCAAGAAGGUUACCGCCAUUGUUGAAUCUCCAGAAGGUGAACGUAUUAUUUGUGUUAAAGGUGCUCCAUUAUUCGUCUUGAAGACUGUUGAAGAUGACCACCCAAUUCCAGAAGAUGUCCAUGAAAACUACCAAAACACUGUUGCUGAAUUUGCUUCAAGAGGUUUCAGAUCUCUUGGUGUUGCCAGAAAGAGAGGUGAAGGUCACUGGGAAAUCUUGGGUAUCAUGCCAUGUAUGGAUCCUCCAAGAGACGAUACUGCUGCCACUGUUAACGAAGCUAGAAGAUUGGGUUUGAGAGUCAAGAUGUUGACUGGUGAUGCCGUUGGUAUUGCUAAGGAAACUUGUCGUCAAUUGGGUCUUGGUACCAACAUUUACGAUGCCGACAGAUUGGGUUUGUCUGGAGGUGGUGACAUGGCUGGUUCUGAAAUUGCUGAUUUCGUUGAAAAUGCCGAUGGUUUCGCUGAAGUUUUCCCACAACACAAGUAUAACGCUGUUGAAAUCUUGCAAUCCAGAGGUUACUUGGUUGCCAUGACUGGUGAUGGUGUUAACGAUGCCCCAUCUUUGAAGAAGGCUGAUACUGGUAUUGCUGUCGAAGGUGCUACUGAUGCUGCUCGUUCAGCUGCCGAUAUUGUUUUCUUGGCUCCAGGUUUGUCUGCCAUUAUUGAUGCUUUGAAGACCUCGAGACAAAUUUUCCACCGUAUGUACUCAUAUGUUGUUUACCGUAUCGCUUUGUCAUUGCACUUGGAAUUGUUCCUUGGUUUGUGGAUUGCUAUCUUGAACCACUCCUUGAACAUUGAUUUGGUUGUCUUUAUUGCUAUUUUCGCUGAUGUUGCUACCUUGGCUAUCGCUUAUGAUAAUGCUCCAUACGAUCCAAAACCAGUAAAGUGGAACACUCCAAGAUUGUGGGGUAUGUCUAUCGUUUUGGGUAUUAUCUUGGCCAUCGGUACUUGGAUUACCUUGACCACUAUGUUUUUGCCAAGAGGUGGUAUCGUUCAAAACUUCGGUGGUCUUGAUGGUAUCUUGUUUUUGCAAAUCUCCUUGACUGAAAACUGGUUGAUUUUCAUUACCAGAGCUCAAGGUCCAUUCUGGUCAUCUAUCCCAUCAUGGCAAUUAUCUGGUGCCGUCUUGAUUGUUGAUAUCAUUGCCACCAUGUUUACCUUGUUUGGUUGGUGGUCACAAAACUGGACUGAUAUUGUUACCGUUGUCAGAGUUUGGGUUUGGUCAUUUGGUGUCUUCUGUGUUAUGGGUGGUGCUUACUACAUUAUGUCUUCAUCCGAAUCAUUUGACAACCUUUGUAACGGUAGACCAAGAAAACCACAAAAGGACCACAGAUCAUUGGAAGAUUUCCUUGUUUCUAUGCAAAGAGUUUCUACUCAACACGAAAAAUCAACCUAA